AUGGCGGAUCAUCGGGACGUAAACCUGCUAAAAAAGUGCUUAUCACCGGAGGAUAUCACAAAGUGCCUGAAAAGCGUGGAGCGGUACAAUGGUCUGUCACAACUUGCGCAGCGCACUUCUGAACAUCUGACGACUUUAGAAACGUCAUUUUUUAAUUUUGGGUCGCUGGUGAAGCUCUUGUCGCUUGUAUUUAAAAAGUAUGGCUUUGUGACGUUGCUGCUAUUACUGCUAAGCUACUCCUCCGUGCAGCUCAAGACACGAAAUACACAGCAGUUGCUACUCCGGCACGAGUGCGACAAGACGCAGCGGCGGAAGCGCAGAAAUUUGCGGGUGGCGGCACUUUUAGCUGUCAUCAAAGACCAACAAAUUCAGUAUAAUCAAAUUGCGAUGCUAGUUGGAGCGCGCGUUGCUAAGUAUUUAGCAGCACGAAAGGCGACCCACUGGACAAAGGUGAACACAUUCACCACAAUGUCCACCCGAAAUUCGGAACUACAGGCGCUUCGAAGUGAAUUGAUGAAAAUUAAAGGUGUCGUUGUGGACACAUGUUCGCAGCUGCAAAUAAAUUCAAGGUUGAAGAAGCCCAAAGAGAUUGUGAAGACACUGGAACCUGCAUCAGCUAGUGGAACAGGGAUAGAAGUGGAUCAUAAUGAAGCGAUUUCUAUUUCUAUAGCAAGAGAAGGAGAACGAAUUGCAACGCAGAAUCACAUCCGGGAUCAAACAACAAUGAGCCACGAAGAACUUACGGAGCUCUUUAAAAGCGGCCAGGCGAAAGAGGAGCUGUCAACGCCUGGUAGCUUCUGGGUCUUCUUUGCGUCUUAA